AUGUUCCCGUAUCGGGCGUCACCGAUGAGGGGCUACGGUGAGCCGGGCACCUCGCGAUCAAGCUCGCAGCCGCUGGUGUCGGGUGAUGCAUACUCUCGCAAGGACAAGUCCCUCGGCUUGCUUUGUGAGAAUUUUCUUUCUCUUUACGGCGUUCUAGAACAAGCACGGGGAAACAGUUCAUGUGAAAUUUGCCUGGACGAAGCGGCGACGCGCCUCGGUGUUGAGCGCAGACGAAUAUAUGACAUUGUGAAUGUGCUCGAAAGCGUCGGAAUGGUGACACGAAAGGCCAAAAACAAGUAUAUUUGGCUAGGCCAAAGUCGUUUGAAAGAGAGCAUCCAGCGCCUCAGACAAGAGGCAGAAUCCGCUGGAGGUGUUGCCGGCCUUGGAGACUCGAGUCAGCUCAAUGGGGAUGAUGACGAGUUGGCCAACGAUCCGGUCAGCGGGCCCUUGUCGACCACAGCAAAAGCCAGCGAAGUCGAACGCUACGCAACCUGCCCAGAGAGCCUGCUUGCAUCCAAUGCAUUAUCCAAACCAUCCGUCGCGUCGACGAAGAAUCAUCGCAUGUCGCGGAAGGAGAAAUCACUUGGCGCACUCUCGCAGCGUUUUGUGCAACUGUUCCUGCUAGCAGGUGGCGACACCAUCAGUCUGGAAUACGCAGCGUCGAUCUUGUUAUCCGGGAGUGUCGGCAAUCGCGAAGCGGAGGAAAAUCCCCUAAAUGGGGGCAUGAAAACCAAGGUGCGACGACUCUAUGACAUUGCAAACAUACUUUCCUCGCUCGGGCUGAUUCGGAAGACGCACACGGAGUACCGGAAGCCAGCGUUCGUCUGGUGCGGCGAGGACAACGUGCGACUGGAAGAGCUCCGCACCCCACGCGAGUUGCUACCGAACCCGUAUUCGAACCAAGUAGUGCGCCCGGCCUCUGCCGACAAGUUGCAAGCUGCGGGCCUGACCGAUGCUGCAAUAGCACGAUCGACGCAGCGAUUGCCUUCACUCCAUUCUACCAAUGAAGCGCUACGCUACGCAUCGUGUGCGCUUCCUGGGACAGAUUCUGUGGCGGAUGGCGCCUGGCUGGCGGUGGCCAACGCCGAAGACCCUGCUGCUUACGUGAACACCGUGAUGCCGUCGUUUCAAGAAAUGCGCGUACCCGAUGGACAUGAACUGCGAGAAAUCAGCAGCCCGAAGCGACCACGCACGGCAAAUGCAGCGCUCACAGAAAACAAGGAGGAUCGUGCAGCUUGGCCUGGGCUGGCGGCGGCUCCAGGUGCUCCACGGGGAAUGACGAGCACCGCUUCGCGGUCUGUUCUGAAUCCGCGGCCGCUCUUCCCGCGACCAAGCUCUGUUCCUCCUUCACCGGUCCGUGGACUGGGAAACCGAUCAGUACCGCCGUCCCCGGGCGCACUGCCUGCGGUUCAGGGCAUGCCUCGGACAGACGCUGCGGUACCUGCAGCGUGCGGGUAUCCAUCGAAUAUGCCGAGCCGUGGACCCACGAGCCCUGAGCAUGUCGCCCUCUGGGGAUGGAGUCCGCUGCCUGGGCCUUUCUCUGCGAAAUUGUAUGCUGCUCACGGCAUGUCGCCACAUGCACUAGGAUCUUCGUAUACGCUGACGUCGAACACGCCUGCAAACUACAUUCAUUCGAGCGGGCAGGCCGCAAGUCAAUGGCUUGAGUGGCUCGAUCACGUGCAGCAGCAGCAGCAGCAGCAGCAACUACAACAGCAACAACCACAACAGCAGGUAACGGGUUGGAAAGGAUUCGGUUCGCGGCCCAAUACACCACCAAGUUACAGCUUCCACUUUGAUAUUGACGCUUACAUGAGACGAGCGCAAGCUGCAGGGCCCGAGUACUACGCGCGUGCCCAGGAAUGGUAUCGGGAGAUGCUCGAAUGGAAGCAGCGAUGGUUGCGACCUGCGGGGGCAGCACCAGUCGCAGCUACCGCCGCAUCCCCGAUACCGAGCUCGCUCGAAACCGCUGGAAUGCAGAACGGACAACAUGCCGCAGCCGGUAGCGACCAACAGCGGCACCCGCGACUCAAUGGAUCCGCAACCAGAGCGAUGGAUGCGAGUCGAUCCACACAUGAUGUACAAGACGCGUCUCCGGUGGAGAGUCCAGCGACCGCGUCCACUAUGGCUGCGAUGGAGGCCACGCUAGCGCCCCCGACGAACUAG